AUGAGUAGAAUUCAACCUCAAGAAGUGAUUGCAGAUGUUUCAGAAGACAGAAGCAUUUCAGAUAUUCGACUGGGAAUAAAUCAAGACUUAAAAGUCAUGCAUCAGAAAUUCUUAAUAAGAGUUGAAACUAGAAGUUUGCAAUCUUAUUCGUUUACUUAUCUUGCAAUUUACUUUUUUUUUUGUGAAAAAUGUCUUUGGGAAAUGUCAUAA